ACAUUUGAGGACAAUUCCGAGAGUCGGAUUUAACCCUUAUGGACAAAAGCUAUUGUUUCUGGAGGAUUUUACAUUUUCUGUGAUAUUUUUUUUAAACACCCCCCCUCCCAGCACCCCCACACACCACCACCUCUUCUAUGUGAGUCCGCUGACAGCAUGGGGGUACUGCUAUUGUUUGCUGUCUUGCAGGUGGCGACAGUUGGUUUGGUCACCGCCGGCUGUCCGGUGGUGUGCGAGUGUCCGGCAGGGCCCCCAUCCUGUCCCCCGGGGGUAAGCUCGGUCCCCGACGGCUGCGGCUGCUGCAAGGUGUGCGCCGCCCAGCUCAACCAAGACUGCCACGAGGGCCGUCCCUGUGACCACCACAAGGGACUGGAGUGCAAUUAUGGCAACGACGUGGGUCGCACCCAUGGCAUCUGCAGGGCAAAGGCGGACGGACGCUCCUGCGAAUACAACGGGCGGAUAUAUCAAAAUGGCGAGAACUUCCGCGCUGGCUGCAAGCACCAGUGCACCUGCAUCGAUGGAGCCGUAGGUUGCGUGCCCCUUUGCCCCAGCCAUGUGCCCCUGGCGUCCCCUUCCUGUCCCUCCCCGCAGCUGGUCAAGGUCCCAGGCCAGUGCUGCCUCAGCGUCGACUGCCACAAGGGAACCGGCGCCUUGACCCCGUCGCAGCAUCGUCCCCAAAUUCCGGCGUACCCGCCUUACCCCUUCGUCCCCUACCCGGCUUACCCCUUCCCAAAGCCUUACCCGAAACCUUACCGGAAGCUAUACCCCCACAAGCCCAAGAAGGACAAGGACGCCCUGGGUAAUGAGCUGAUGGAGGUGGGGCGCAAGUGGGAAAAGCACCGUGGAAACAAGCACCUGGCCGCCUGGAGGCAGGUGGGAGACGAGUGUGUGGUCCAGACCACUUCCUGGUCCCAGUGUUCCCGGAGCUGCGGGAUGGGCGUUUCCUCUCGCGUUACCAAUGACAAUGCUCGGUGUAAGCUGAUCAAGGAGACGCGUCUGUGCAACAUUCGACCCUGCAGCUCCAUGGCCAUCCCCGUUAAGAAAGGAAGGAAGUGCUCUCGCACCCAUAAAGCCCCAGAGCCCCAUCGUCUGUCCUACGCCGGCUGCAGGAGCACCCGCCUGUACAGGCCCAACUACUGUGGAGUAUGCAGGGACGGGCGCUGCUGCUCGCCCCGCCGCACCCGCACGGCCAACGUGAGCUUCGCCUGCCCCGACGGCGAGCGCUUCAGCCGGUCCGUGAUGUUCAUCCAGUCGUGCAAGUGCAGUGACGAGUGCAACCAUCUCAACGAGGCCGCGAUGCCUCCUCAGCGGUGGCUCUACGGCGACACGCACAAGUUCAAGGACUAGUGGUACCGCGACCCUGCCCCACCUACAUUCCUUCAUAAAAAAAAAAAAACUGACAUUAACUCCCCUCUAGCGAUACCCCUAAUAGAAUAGCUGUCCUUAGUGUAUCUAUGAGUAGACGCGAGCGAGGUGCACAUGUCAAAACAUCUUCUCUCUUAUUUGGGGAGGAAUGGAGAGAAGACGAAUGAAUCAGAUGAACGUUACCUCCACCUUCAGCAAAGUGACCAGCCCCUGCUUUAGUGUAGAUAAAAAAAAAAAAAAAAAGGUUGUUUCUGGCCGUGGUCAGACUUCAAACUGCGACUAAAACUUUGUGUAAAACAUGGACGCCACCGGGGGCCACCAUGUUGCUGCCGUGCUUCAAAUGUUCCCUGAACUCUGGGACUUUCAUUGGGAAUGAUGGAGCAAAGGGGGUGGGACACGCAAACACGCAAGCAGAGUUGUUCCUUGUGUCAUGUUUGUUCUCUUUUGUUGGUGAUGUGGAUUCACAUCGCAGUUGCUGAGCUUCCUGCUAGCUUAUAGAAAAGCGGGUCUGACGUUGCCGUAGAGCCAAAAUGUGAUGCAGCUGGAAUCAAAUGUCUGCACACUCCAACAUGUGAGUAUUGAUUAAACCAAAUGAAGACUCGGCGGAAAAGACUGGGAUGGCAGAAGAUGGAGGAGCAUCUCAGAUGUUCUGACAGGAAUGUGGUUUGUGUCUUUUUAUGGUAUUUAUUCACUGGUAUUUAUUGUUGAGACAGACGUGAUGACACAGCGGCCCGCCACCAGGAGAGGCGGCGCUGCUAUGUUUGGAGCAUCAGUGUGCCUGAACAAGACUAAAACAGCUGAGAGCUGUCAGUCACGAGAGGGAGAGGAGGACUCCUCACAUAUUCGGGAUUUUAACCCAGGGUCAGAGGUCACGGCGGUCAGAAAACCAUAUCUAAUGAUGGAUGAUGCAGGAGGAGAGGAGGUAUGUACUGGAAAAAGACAAGAGUCCAACCUGAUGGGUCGAGGCUUUGUGUGCUUUAGCGGAGAAUAUGUCAAAGGUUGUUUACACAGCUGUACUCAUCCUCUGCCUUGCCUCCGCGAGAAACCGAGACAUUUAGCAAGCGCCAGAGGAACAAGCCUGGAAUUCUGGCGUCAAGAAGUCAACCGCCUAAUUCUGUGCAAAUUACAAUCCUGACUCUGAAGGGCAGCGAGAGAAAAUCAACCACUCUCUGGUUUGCUGUAAAAAUAAAUUCUGAAAAACUGCGCGUGCGGAGGUAAACAUGUAAUCUGUGACUUGCGGGUAGAACCGCUCUGGGUGUCUAAUGUGGCCUGUAAUCGAGGGGCACGGCAUCAUAGGGCCUGUUCAGACCUUGUAUUAUCAGGACAGAUUUAAAGGAGGGGGGGGCAUCUUCAAGAAAUAAAUGGUACUCGGGUUAAAGUCUGUGCACCUUACAACAGCUUUGAUUCAUGAUCUAAUCUUGUAUGUCAUGUGAAUAUAUCAUAGAUCUUGUGCCAUAAAUUUCAACACUUUUGCAUUUUUUUCUACAAUAAAUCUUCUUAGCUAAAAAAAAAAAUAAUAAUAAAGUCUCUGCUGGCCCAAAAUCUUGUUUCAUUUUACGUGAUAAAAGUGUUGUUUUGGUGUCAUUGCUAUGUGCCCAUGUAGAUGCUGUGGUUUUGGUACUGUAUGUCUAGUUUUAAGGGACACUAUAGAGCAGCUAUGUACAGAUGCAUUGUUAACUUCUCCGUAGUUGUAUCUGCUGUAUAAGGGCCAAUCAUUAUUCUUAAAAUGAGUCGAUGUAUAGUUUAGCACUGAACGAGGCGGUGUUCAGAUCCUAUAUGAGCAUUAAGUGCUAAUUUGAAAGCAUGAUGAUUGUAUGACUUGUAGUGUACAUUUAAUACCAUCAUUAAUAUUCUGUCCUGCUUUUGAGGAUAUAAGAUUAAAAAAAAAAAAAAAAACUCAGAGGCUAAAAGUAACUUCUCUUGGAAGCUGGUUAGCUAACAGACAAGUGGUUAUAGAUUUGUUCAUUAUUUUUCAUUUUGAAUAAAGCCAUUUUCACUCCUA